UUGAAACACGCUAAGCAUUCAGCAAGUUUCUGCAGUCAGUUGUGUAGACUCGGACACUGAAUAGGAAACUUCGUUUGUCUACAGUGGAGAGGCUUAGAGAGUAGGGAUACAUCUAUACAGAACUCCUUCUCAGCAGUCGCCACCGACGUUUCGAAGUUACUCCUAUGGCAUAUUAAACACGCUUGUGAAUUGAAUACGUUUUUAGAACAGAGACUUAAGCGAGUUGAUUCGUUUGGAGAGGUUCCAACGACAACUUGUAGACAGAAAGUACAAAAUGGAACGGAACUUCUUUUGGAGUCGGCACUCGGCCGUACACUUGUUAGCAUCCGUGGUCAUAACUUUAUUUAUCGUCAACGAUAUUUCUAAUGCAACAGUUGUACCUUUACCGGCAGGGUCAGUUGAUUUACUACAGAAGUUGGGCGUAGGCCUGCUUGACUUACCAAAUGCAGUAGUCGAAGAUGUGGGUAUCUGCAGUAGGCGGCCUCACUCCGAUGGCACGUAUACUGAAGAUAAAGCAUUUCAAAUUGGUAAAAAGGCAAGUUUGAGUGAACCAUCAAAUCAAGUGUUUCAAGGUGAAUAUGUUCCCGAAGAAUUCUCUUUAAUUAUGACGUUAAAGGCAGAUCCUGUAAAACGAAAAGCAUUCCUUUUUACUCUAUACGGUGGAAAUGGCCGGCCAAGAUUCGCACUUGAGUUAGGAAAAACAACAAAAUUCCACUACGUCGACUCUAAAGGCAAUUUAGGAGACAGUUCACCAGUUUUUCCAUUUUCCAUUGCUGAUAAUAAAUGGCAUCGAGUUGCAUUUAGCGUUAGAGGACAAUUGGUAACAGCUAUACUAGAUUGUGAAGAACGAGAAACCAAGACAUUAGCACGAGAAGAACCUGCAUUGAUAGAUACAGAAGGAAUUACAGUAUUCGGAAGAAAAUUAGGCAUCAAGGAAGUGUUCAGUGGGACCGUACAACAACUGCUUCUGAUUCCAAACCCAGAUGCGGCGUUUAAACUAUGUAGCCGGUAUUCUCCACCAUGUUCUGAACCUAUGCCCAAAUUCACUGAUAUGCCCGCCGUGCCUACCCCAGACACCACAGAGUCUAAUAAUAAUAUUGAUGAAGCUACAGGACGAGAGUUUGCACCUUUUGGUACAGAUGGCGGUGGAGAUACCGGAUCUGGUGUUGGCCAGCCACCCGCUCCAGGACCAGGAUCAGGACCAGGAUCAGGACCAGGAUUUGGAGCGGGAGGUACCGGUACUUCCUCAUCUGGAGUCGGUAUACCAGGACCUAAAGGAGCUAAGGGAGACCCAGGAGAUUACAGAAUCGAAUAUUUACCUGGAGUCGUUGGACGAAUUGGACCUGUGGGCGAUCCUGGACCACCUGGACCACCCGGACCAUAUGGACGACCAGGACCAAAGGGUGACAGGGGCAAGCCAGGCCGUGAUGGUCUCAAGGGACAAAAGGGAUUGGAUGGACCUCCAGGCCCAAGUGCUUAUGUACCUGAAGCAUUUGUUAUGAUGAUGUCUGAUUAUGCUACUCAGCAAGGAAAAGGCCCAAUUUCACCUCAGAAUCUACAGUCUAUUCGAAUUGCAAUGGAAGAGCAAAGAAUGGCAAUGAGAGGCCCACGUGGACCCUCUGGAUUAUCAGGAAGAAGUGGACCUAUGGGUCCACAAGGAAUAAAAGGAAGCAGAGGGGAAGAAGGAGACCGCGGAGAGUUGGGCCCUCCAGGACAUCCAGGACCAACUGGUCUGUCUGGAAAACCUGGUAAAAGAGGCCGUCCUGGAAAUGAUGGGCCUCGGGGAGAAUCAGGUCCAAUUGGUUUGAAGGGUGACCGAGGAUAUGAUGGAUUGCCAGGACUUCCAGGAAUCAAAGGGGGAAGGGGAAGACAAGGUCAGGCAGGACCAAGGGGACCUGAUGGUAAUAAAGGAGAUAAAGGCCAAGAUGGUGUCAGUGGAGAAACCGGAACAAUGGGAGAGUCUGGUCCACGAGGUCUGCCAGGGGCGCGGGGUUCUCCUGGUGCAAGCGGCUUGCCUGGUCCGGAAGGAGAGGUUGGACCUAUGGGUCCAAAGGGUCUGAUGGGUGUCCCAGGUCCCCCUGGCCCAAUUGGACUUUUUGGAAAGCAAGGACCUGUAGGAUCAAUGGGACCCCAAGGAGCAAUUGGACCACCAGGGAACCCAGGACCAAUGGGUAAAGUUGGACAUCCAGGACUGCCAGGCAGUGAUGGUUUACCAGGACAUCCAGGUAUUGAUGGUUCAAAGGGACCUAAGGGCGUUUCAGGUGAAAUGGGACCACAAGGCCCAAUGGGAUAUCCCGGACCGCGUGGGUUGAAGGGCCAGUCAGGAUCGAGAGGAGAACGUGGACAGAAGGGAGAUUUGGGACCAGAAGGUCUUCCCGGGACUAAGGGAGAGAUGGGACAGAAAGGAGAGCAGGGUCAGGAAGGUGCUGCUGGUCCACAAGGUAUUGAGGGAUCUGAGGGGCCAAAGGGAGCAAGAGGGCAACCUGGUUUGCCAGGUUAUCCUGGACCAAAUGGAGAAAAGGGAGAUGUUGGACAAUCGGGCAGAACUGGUAGAUCAGGCAUCAAAGGAUCACGGGGUAGUCCAGGUACUUUAGGAGACAUGGGUGAGCGUGGUCCAAGAGGUUUACGAGGGGCUCGUGGCCCAAGAGGACAGACCGGAUCAGUUGGACCUAAGGGGGCUGAAGGGGCAGAGGGACCACCAGGUAGCAGAGGAGAGAGAGGCUUGAUCGGUACUCCCGGUCUCCGAGGAUUCCCAGGAGCUAAGGGACCACCGGGAUCUUCUGGUAAAGAUGGUCUACCUGGAAUGCCUGGUCAACGUGGUGAAUCUGGUAUUGAAGGCGAAACUGGAUCACAGGGACAACCUGGUGUUGUUGGACCACAGGGUGCUGUUGGUGAACGCGGGCCUGGCGGAGAGCGUGGAUUCCCUGGCCCACCUGGACCACAAGGAGAAAUUGGUAUUCCAGGAGAGAAUGGCAAAGAUGGACCCAGGGGAAAUGCUGGGCCCCCAGGACCUGUAGGCGACCAAGGGCCACCUGGAAUCAGGGGUUAUACUGGAGAACGAGGUCUACCUGGACUACAGGGACCCGGCGGAGAAAAAGGAGAAAGUGGACCACCAGGACCCCCAGGACCAGCUGGAUCCCCAGGUGUAGCAGGGCCUCAAGGGCUUUCAGGCUCUGUUGGACCCCAGGGUGCGCAAGGUGAAGUUGGACCUGGAGGACCAAUGGGUUCCAAGGGAGAACCAGGAAUUGAUGGAAUCCAAGGUUUAGUUGGACGGGAUGGUCAACCGGGAAGCAGGGGAGCUCCAGGACCGAUUGGACCAAUAGGAGCGCCUGGAGAGGAUGGUGAGAAGGGGGAACCCGGUGUCAGAGGACAAAAGGGUCAGAAAGGACAACUAGGCUCAUCUGGAUUGGAGGGCCCACCUGGUGCCCCAGGACCAAUUGGAGAGCCUGGUCAACAAGGUGACUCAGGAGAACCAGGUGUUCCAGGAGACCAAGGUUUGAGAGGACCAAAGGGAUCAGAAGGACCCAGUGGACAGCGAGGUUCUCAAGGUAGUGUUGGUGUGCAGGGUGCUCCUGGUAGACCAGGUGAAAAGGGAGAACAGGGAGAUAGAGGAGAAAGAGGUAUAACAGGAACAAUUGGACAAAGAGGAAAACCAGGUCAAAGAGGGAAUGUGGGUCCACCUGGUGUACCUGGAUCUAGAGGUUCUGAUGGUCCUCGAGGACCAAAGGGUGAUACUGGUGAUAUUGGCGCUCCUGGCCAAGAUGGUGGCCCUGGACCAAUUGGUAGUAAAGGAGAUUUUGGCCCUAAGGGUGAACCAGGCCCCCCUGGCAUCCCAGGUGUCCAAGGUGACAGAGGUACCCCAGGACCCCAAGGACCAAAGGGACAUACUGGUCCGAUAGGUUUCCAAGGAGAACCAGGUGAACCAGGCACCCCAGGUAUUCCUGGACAAGAUGGUGUAGCAGGACCUGUUGGCGAUCGUGGUCCACCAGGACAACUUGGUCGACGUGGAUUGCAAGGAGAUAUUGGUGCACCAGGUCCUAGGGGUAGAGCUGGUACACCUGGCAAAGAUGGUGUCAUAGGCCAGAAAGGAGAGAAGGGAGAAUAUGGUGACAAGGGGGCAUCUGGUCCACGUGGUGACCCAGGACCAGGUGGGCCAAUCGGUGCACCAGGGCCACAGGGUUCAAAGGGCCCAAGAGGCAUGCCUGGAGAGGCGGGUGAGGCCGGAGAUCAGGGACCACCAGGAAUCCAAGGACCACCAGGACCAGAAGGUCAAAUUGGUGAGCGUGGUGUUGCUGGAGUCACUGGAGAGAUUGGACAAAAGGGUCAUGUUGGAUUGAUGGGAUUAAACGGACCCGAUGGACCAGCAGGUGAAAAGGGAGAGAAAGGAGAUCCAGGUUUAAGAGGACCCACUGGUCCAACUGGUGAAAUGGGACCAGAGGGCCCAAGAGGACCAAUGGGACCAUCCGGAGCUCAUGGUCUUCCAGGUCAAGAAGGAAGACUCGGUCCAAAGGGAGAUAAGGGAGAUUCCGGCUUGAAGGGAGAAGUUGGUCCAGCUGGACCACCAGGAUUACCGGGUGUUGGUACAUCAAUGGAGAGCUUGCAAGACCUUAUUGAACGUGGAAUUGUGUCACCUGGUCCAAGCUACGGCCAAUUCAAUCCCGGUGGAACAGGAGGAAGCGUGUACCGUGGAAGCCAAUACCCGGGAAGUACGUACCCAGGAGGUAGUGUGGGUUUCCCCGGUGGCACUGGCACUGGUAGUGAUGGUAAUGUCGCUGGCGACCAAGGAAAAGUAACACCAACACCAAAAUCUAUUAUCGACCAGAUAUUAUCGACGCUCACUACAAAACCAUUCCGCUACGAAUCAUCUUCAAGUACAUAUUCAUCGGCAUCCGGUCCUUCGCAGUCAUUGACUGGCAGCGUCAAGCGACGUAGGAGAAGUAUCAAUGCUUUGAACGAAACGAAUGAAGCAAUAUCGGAAGGAGAUGAUAGUGAUUACUUCUCUGAAUCAGACUUUGAGGCAUUGCCACCAUUGUACAGGCAAGCUCUUGAGCAGAUGUUUGGAUCGCUUGAGGAGCUUCAAAGAGAUUUAGAAAGGAUGAAGCAACCAGUUGGAUCAAGAGAUAAUCCAGCAAGAACAUGUAAAGAUCUCUUCAUGUGUCAUCCUGACUUUGAGGAUGGUUACUAUUGGAUUGAUCCUAAUCAAGGUGUUGCUAGAGAUGCUAUUUAUGUUUUCUGUAAUUUCACUGCUGGGGGUGAAACCUGCGUCACUCCUGAUCCAGAUACUGCUGAGCUACCAGUUGGAUUCCAUGAUGUCGAUUCGGCUAAACCUCGAGCUUACAAAAAUGCCAAGCCGGGCCAGUUUUUCAGUGAGUUCCGUCAAGGAUAUCCAAUUACCUAUAGCAGAGUGGGCCAAGUUCAAUUAACAUUCUUGAGAUUAUUGAGCACGCGAGCAACGCAGAACUUCACGUAUGAAUGCAGUAAGAGUGCUGGAUGGUAUGAUGCUCAUGACGAAAGUUACAGCAAAGCCAUCAAGCUUCUAGGUGCCAAUGAAGAGGAGUUCGGCUAUGACACUGACUACCAACCUACAAUUCUAACGGAUGAGUGUAUGAAUAAACCCAAGAAGGGUAAAACAGUAUUUGAAAUUACAACAACAAAACUGCACCAGUUGCCUAUAAUUGACUUUGCAGCCAUGGACUUUGGAACAAGCAGCAAACAAUUCGGAUACAAAGCUGGCCCAGUAUGUUUUGCAGUUUAGUAAUUAAGGAGCAGGUGCAGAGAUUUUACAUGUUUUAUUUCCUCAUGGUGCUAUUUGUUGUAUUUUUAAAUUGAUAAUUAAACUUUUUUGGAACGAUUAUCAUGACCGAAGUUUUUAAUCCCUUGUAAAGCCCAACAUUCUGUAGUAGCAACAGUAUAUUUUGCCGAGCUUUUUUCAGAAAUACUGCUCAAGAACUAUAUAAAUAGUAUAAUGGAAUUUAAAGAAGACACCAAAAGUCGGGAAUAACUGGAAAUGGCACCUCAUCAAGGUGUUCUACAUGUGCUGCUAACUAUCUAGCCAUUUGUCGUUAAUCUUCAUUAUCAACAUUAGUACUAUAUCCAAGUAAAUGCUAUUUUUGAUAAGUAAAUUUCCAUAGUAAACGUUUUGCCAGUGUGGGUUGUUGAUAAGUGAAGGAGAUAGUAUAUAAAUGCAGGACUAUAUCCACAUUUUGGUUGAAUUUGGCAACAUUGGACUUGAAAAUUUGUAUUAUAGUUAAGGGAAUGCUCUUAUAGAAAAUUAAGCAUUAUUUUUUAAGUAGUUAUAGGAGAUAUACAGUAGUAGAUUUGAGAUUCCCCGUAAUCUGCAGUGGUUAUCUAUAUGUAGGAGGUAGUUUCCUUAACCCUUUUAUUAUUAUAAUAAUUUCAAAUUAUAAAUUCUUUAAACUAAAAAAAAAUAAGUAAAAGAUAAUUUGUAUACCCAUAAUACUCUUAUGUGCUUUGUGGUUUCCUUGGUUGACUGUGGAAGUUAUUGUCAAAGGAAACAUUAAUACUACUUUAUUAACACCAGGGGUUCAUAAGGUAUAAAAUACUGAUGGUACCUACAUGAAUGAACCCCCGGUCAACCUGCACCAAAAAACAGUUUCACCGCCACCAAAUAUAUGUUGCCUGCAUAUAUUAACUUAACUUGGACCUGGCAAAAUUCUUGACCAAAUUACACCGAAACAGUACUACUACCUCACAGCAGAACUAAGGAAAGUUACCCUCCGUGCCCUGCUGAUGGAGCCAUACAAAUUAAGAACGCAUGUGUUGUUUUUAUGCGCGUUUUAUAUUAAAAAAAAACCUGUGGAUUUUGUUAAAUUUUCAUCCUAUUGUUCUGUAUAGAUGUUUGGUACUGCUGAACGUUUGGUAGCACUGUGUGGAACAACUAGUGCAAGAUGCAGUCUUUUGUUUAUUUCGAUAUCACAUCUCUCACUGUCUGUGUAUAAACUGGCUGAAUAUUUUAUGACAAUAAUACAGGGACAUAUUUAUAAGCUAAAUAGAACUAUCGCAGUUUGUAGAGCUAUCAAUUUGUUUUGUGAAAAAAAAAUAAUGUGAAUAUCAUUUACCAUAAUGCUGCAACGACAUUACAGAAUUAACCAUCUAUUGUACACAAUAUUUUCUUAUAUUCAUUCUCAUUCUUACAAUAAAUAUUUCCCCCAACUUAAAA